GGGUGGUGGUGGAGAGAAACAUAAAUAUUGCCCAACCAAAACAACAUUUCGCGCGACCGUCCCGCUCAGCUGAUGAUUUGCGCAAACCAUGCACCGCAACAUGGAAAUUCGUCACAUGGCGUUCCACCUGGAAACGUUGGCGCACAUCCUGGACACCAGCGAAGGUUGGCGUGACUUCCUGUACCUGAUACCGCGGAACCUGGACGACCUGUUGAAGGAAGACCCGUACUACCCGCUCAAGUACACCGGAUUGAACGAAAGCAUACUCGAAACCGAAAGCCAGAAACGCAACUUGUCUCCCUCCAAGCUGCUGCUGGAAGAGUGGGGUAUAUCCGGCCAGGUGCGCCCGACCGUCGAUCAUUUGCUGAAGCUGCUGGUGCGCGCAAACCAGAUACGGGCGGCCGAAUAUUUAACCACACUGCUGAAGGAACAACCUCCCGCCCGGCCCAAGGACGGCCCGGGGGCACCGAUUGACGUGACGCUGCCGGAAGAUCAUCAGACGGAAUCACUGCUCAACGGUAUCAGCUACCCGAGCAGCACCAUCCUGCUGCACCAUGUGGAAUCGAUCACGAUCGGCAACAACAGGGACUAUUACGACAAAUUGGGACCGACGAAGCGGGUCGAAAUUAAGGAUAAAUCGUCGGUGAACGUGGAUGGCGAGCUGCCAGUGUUUUCGUCCAGCAACAACAAUACAAAAUCGGGUUCCGAUUCGUCCGACAUACGAAACCCAUUAAUGAUGGAUCGCUAUCCAGACCAGCUGCCUGGACCUUCGAGGCCAAGCAAAGCGGCAGCGAAAGCACCACCCGCAGAAGCUACUCCGGAUGGUCCGCUGUCAUCGAACGGACUGCCAAUGAUUUCGGCACUGGGCAUAACGUCUGGUCAGCCGGAAUCAUCCAAGCUGCAAAACAAUCGCAACUAUGACUGUGCGAGCAAGGAAAUCAACGGACCGCAGAUUCCCGAUCUUUCAAUAUUUGGUCGAGAGGAGAGCGAACGAAAGGAAGUGAACGGACCGCAGGUUCCCGAACUAUCCAUCUUUGGCCGAGAGGAGAGUGAACGAAAGGAAGUGAACGGACCUCAGGUUCCCGAACUAUCCAUCUUUGGCCGAGAUGAGAGCGAACGAAAGGAAGUGAACGGACCGCAGGUUCCUGAACUAUCCAUCUUUGGCCGACAAGAUAGCGACAGUAAGGAAGACAAUGGAGCUCCCGUAGAACACCGCGAAGACAUUCCGGCCUUGUCGGCGUUGCUGGGCGAUUCAUCCGACGUACAUCAAACGCAAUCCAACAGCACAAACAACACACAUGACAGUAUUCCAAUGCUAUCGAUGCUUGGCUCGGACGGCAGCACCUCCGAUACGCUCGGUAGCGAAAGCAGCUCUUCAGCGAUCGUGCCGCAAGUGAGCGAGUCCGUUAGCGAUUUCAUAAAGUUUUCCACGUCCCCAGUAGUAGCGGUAUACGCAUACGACCAUCUUCGCGAGGUCACGGACGGAUUCAACGUGGCGCCCUAUACCAACGGCAAUCUUGCCGCACCCAACGGGCGCUCGCUCGGUGCGGGAGGAUUCGGAGCAGUAUUUUUAGCGCUCAAUCUCGCGCCAUCCAUUCCCGUGGCCGCGGUCAAGCGGCUCGAUCCCGACAAGUACAAAUUUCGGGAAAAAUUUCACCUAGAGCUAGACAUUCUCUCGAAACAUUCGCACCCGAAUGUGGUCAGCCUGCUGGGCUCGAGCUCCGAUGGGCCUCAGCUGUGUUUGGUGUACGAAUAUCUGAAGGAUGGCAAUUUGGAGGCAGCUUUAUCACUCGUCCGAACGGGCCUGCGACAGAUGGGGGCCACCGUUCGUCUACAGUACCUAAAGGACAUCGCCAAUGCGGUAGCAUUCCUUCACGAGCGAGCCAAAAUCAUUCACCGCGAUGUGAAGUCGGCAAACAUUUUGCUGGACGGGCCGGUCGCAAAGCUGUGCGACUUUGGGCUGAUCAAGCGCACCAGCUCGCGCACCACCACGAGCAUUAUCGGCACGAACGCGUACAUGGCACCGGAGGCGGUGCGGGGCGACGUGUCGCCAGCGUUGGACAUUUUUGCGUUCGGCAUCGUGGUUGCGGAAACGGUAACCGGCGAACCCGUGCUGGCGGAGAAGGAAUCUCGCAGCGAAAUCGACCUGGCGGGCUACGUAUGCCGUCAGCGAGCCGAAGGACGGGAUCUGGGCUUGCUCGUCGAUAGGCGGGCCGCGGUGGGCAGAGACGGCGAAGCUCGCUGGUGUGAGGCCGGGAGAAAGCUGCUGGAGAUUGCAAUCAAGUGCAUGGGCGAAAAGUGGAGCCGACCGAACAGUGGUGCGCUGGCCGACGCGGUAGCCGGCAUACAAUUGGUGCCUUUAUAAAUUGCAUUGAAAACGGCGGAUAAAAAAGACAAAGGGUGCGACGUAAAGUGAGCAAAGCGAGCAAUCAUUAGUGCAAUAGGAUGCAUGGCAAUAAUUAGCAUUAAGCAGGUUACCAAUAAUUUUUGCUCAACAAAUAAGCAUUUAAAUGCACAAAAAAUACUCUUACCGGCAAAGGCGAACAGAUAAGUUUUGCUGUGCCUUUUUCUAUAGCUUCUAACAACACUUUAACACAUUCCGGUAAGAUAGCACGGUCUUUCCAAAAUGCAUGCUUGGAACGCAAACAUAUCGAAGAAUCGUUUUAAAAAUGGAUUCGCGUGAUUAACAUUCAAUUUUAUUCUUACUGAAACAAUGCAACACACAAACAGCAGAGGUAAAAUAAUCUUUAAUAUGCCUUUUACAUUAAAUCAAAUGUAAACAACGCUAAUGGGUUCGUCGCUUGUGGCGAAUAAACGAAACAGUUACAAGCAGCACUGCUGACCGUUACAUUUG